UGCCCCGCCUAAUUGAAUAGAACAGAGGUUUUGAGUCUGCGGUUGGCUGUAAUAGUCUAAAUGACGUUGAAAGAAACCAAUCAGCAUAGGAAUCAACUGAGAAUGGUCACGCCUAUGUAGAAUAUAUAACCAAUUAAACACGGGUUUAUGAUAUGCCUGACCAAUCGUGUGCGGCGCUGUGGCGUCUGGCCAAUCAGAGCUAAGCCUGGGUUCUUUUCAAAGAUUGUUUCAGGAAGUGGUUUUAAUUCCAGAAAGUUGUAAACAAAACACUGACAGCUAUUCGGUUAGCUUUUAACUACAACUGCAUGAACGCGGAACUGCUUGUGUAAACAAUCGUGUUACUCGCCAUUUCUGGGUGUAUUUUUAAAAAUUUGCCGACUUGGUUCUUUGUCUGACGUUAAAAUACUAAUUCGGAUUUCGUUUCUUGUACUAUAUUGGAAGAGCUAACAUUAGCUGUGUUCGCGCGUUGAGAAAGGCACACCAUCGCAUGUACAGUGGAUUUUCAAGUCACCCCUGUCAUCCGAAAACGCCAAGAAAUCGGAUAACGUCACUGAUUUUUUGUUCUUUUUGCUGUAAUUGCAACAUCAAGGCGGUGUGCAGGACGAGCAUGUCGACGUCCAACGCUAAUUUCAAAAAUAAGUGCGUCGCCCAGGUUAACUGCAUCUUUUGUGACAGCGUGCUCUGUACGAGAGGCAUGAAAUCGGUGCUUCUUGCAGACUCCGAGGUUCAGCUCUUUUCCACUGAUAUACCUCCAAAUAGAACUGUUGACUUUGUGGCCAGCUGCUACUCGACUGAAAGCUGCAAGUGCGCACUGAGAGACAUUGCAUGUCUCAAGUGUGGUAAUGUAGUUGGCUAUCAUGUUGUGGCCCCCUGUAAACCCUGUCUGCUCUCCUGUAAUAACGGACACUUGUGGAUGUUCAACAGUGACGCCGUUUCCACUGUCAACAGAUUGGAUGCUUCAGGUCUCAAUCUGCUUCUGUGGAGAGAUCUGCCCGAACUGGACGACGGUGAAAACGAGGAACCUGAAAGCCCGUCCGAGGAGGAGUGCAUCAGGUAAAGAUGGAAAUGGAUGACCAGAGACACUUUGCAGCAGCUACCAGUGGAGAGGUGGAAUCGUAUGAGUGAAAGACAAGGACGACCUUAAAGUGUACUUUAAAAUCACAUAGGACUUAAAAGGCGCUGCUUUAUUUCGGCUAAAUUACGCCUGAAGCCACGCCCCAAUCAAUGAUGUCACAGCAAGUGUUUGGCCUUGGGCAAGCGGCAGAACACCUGCUCUGACACACACGGGGAUUAGUCGGGCCUGAAGGAUGGCACACUCCAAAGGUUGACUCCCCAGAAAACAGCGCGAUGGUUGUGCUUCUUAUCACGAUGUGUUCAUGCUGUGUAAAUUGCGAUUAAAUCAUCACCAGCUUUUGCUGUCAAGCUAAAGGUACGCCCAUAAACAGUUUCCAAUCAUUAAAUCUCAUACUGUGCUUAAAUUAAGCCGGGAUUUCUGACACAAUUACUCCAAGUCUAGUAUAAUAAGAAUCAAUUUAGCAGUCAAGUGUGGCAAUAUGAAACCGUUUCUUUGAAUGGAGGAAAAAAAUGGCAAAGUGGCUUUAAAGGACAACAUGGGCUACACAAAGUGAAAUUGUAGAGUAUGUGGGAUGCAUUGACAUGUGCACGCACGUAUGCCCCAAGUCCUACUGGAUGUGUGAUGCUGUGACACUGCCUGAACUAUUUAGCACAUUUGAAAGGGGCCUAAUGUUGGUUGUUUUGUUUUGAUUUUGUAUGUACUCGUGUCACGAUAGCGCCUCUAAAUUAGGACAAUGACUAAAAAGUGAAACAUUGAAUCUUGGGUUUCCAUCAUAAUUGAGUGCAAUCGUCAUGUAGCUAGAUUUCCAAAUCGGUUUUCUCAUCGGAAAUAUUGGGGGAAUGAGUUUGGACUUUACAGGAUGUGUUUAAUGUAACAGUUUAACAUUUCAAAGGUGUCAAAGAUAGACCCUAACCCUGUAAUAUUAACACACACAUAGAGAAUUUGCAACCAAAAAAUGUAAAUAUAUUUAAAAAAACUAAUCAGUGAUUCAACAAGAAUCAAGUUAUUUAUGCUCCUCAUUUCUGAAUCAUAUGACGAUUGUGGUAUUCACGUUUUGAUGUUUCAACAUUCGUUUGGCUAUAGUAACUUUUGAAAUCCACGUUGCCCUCCUUGAGACCAUGCUAAGAUGCUAAAGUUAGCAUCUUUUGUCCUUUCUAUUGAAGCAAAAACAAAUUCCUGCUCUGCAGUUGUCUUUCGUUUGUGCACAAGCAAAACAAACUUAUCAAUAAGACUGACAGUCUCCAUAACAAUUGUCAUUUUAGUGAACCACUAAAACUGUUAUUUAAGACCAAAUACUUCCACAUGCUUCCUUUUUGUUUACAAUCUUCGUUUACAAGUGCAUUGUUUUGUAAUGUGCAUUUAAUAUAUUUCAUAUUUCAUUCGAUGUUUGCUUUUGUACGGUUGGGUGUAUGUGUGUUUGUGUCGGUCUACCACAAGAAGGUAUCUGAACUUUCUCUGGUUAUGACAAUAGUCACAUGAUAAUAAUAAUGAUAAAAAAAAUUUUUAGUGUUUAUGAAGUGAAUAACUAAUUUCUUGCCCUGCUGAAAAUUUAUAUUUUGGAAUUGCACUGAAACUGAAUUGAUAAUUUGGAAAAACGAUUGUUGUUUUGUUUGCUUAUUGUUGAAUUAAAUCAAAAGCUUUUUUUUUCCUUUUCAAAACAAAUAAAAUAAAUAAUAAAUAUACACUCCCCACCACUCUUUUGGGGUUGUUUGAAACAGGA